GGGCGACAGACUCUAAGAGACAGUACGAUAAUUUAGCAUACAUUACGAUAGAAAACCACAACACCUCAAUGCUUUACGUUACCAAAAGUGCCAUGUUCUCUGCUACAAGUCUGCUGAUGAUGCUCCUCCUGGUACCUGAAAUUGUAGGGACUGGUCAGAUUGAGGUUUGGUUUUUGAGUUAUUCAAGCAACUGCGAACAGGACACAUACAGUGAGUGUGACCCGUAUUUCUCUUUCUGUAUGGGCAGCCCACAAUCAGCUCGAACAUAUUUCGAGGAUUAUUUCUGCAACUAUGGAAAGACGCCAUGGAGUACCAGCUAUACAGAUGCAAAAUAUCUUUAUCUUGCUGACAAGACAAGUAUCGGUGGACUUGCUAACCCAUGGAUCAUAACUACAGAUAAUUUCUAUGAUCCCACUGUGAUCAUUGCGGUGGAUGUGAAUGACGAUGAUACCCUUAAGAUAGAUGACCAUAUAGUUCUCUUUUACUCUUCAUUCCCGGUCACAGUAGCCCAAUCAAAAAACCAAGCUCAGUGGUCAAGCCAAACUUUAAGAGAAGGUUUGAAUUCGUAA